AAUUCAAAGUUCGCAACUACCCACAGAGCGCGGACCUGUCUCCGGCGCGCAAGGCCUCACGGGAGCUGUAGUCCGCGUCUUCAACACACCGCAGCGCUUCUUGGCAGUCUACCCAUCACUUCGAACUAAAACAACCGUGAGGCAUUGCGGGGCGCGGUCAUUGUGAGGAAAUCUGCCGGUUCGUGGGGAAAAAAAAAAAAAGACGUUUCGCCCACAACAGCGUGUGCAUUGACAGGCUCCAGUUCAACGGCCGGUAUUCAAACAGCGGUUUAACGUAAUCGGAGAUCAUGGCAUCUGACGACAUCUCAAAGUUAGCCGAUUCUCUGGCAAAAACCCAGGUUGGUGGGGGAGAGCUGAGCUUUAAAGGCAAAACCUUGAAACUUAACACUGCCGAGGAUGCCCAAGAUGUCAUCCAAGAAAUUGAAGAAUUCGAGGGACUACAGGCUCUUCGUCUGGAAGGCAACACUUUCGGUGUGGAGGCAGCUAAAGCAAUAGCCAAGGCACUGGAAAAGAAACCAGACAUGAAGCGUUGUCAUUGGAGUGACAUGUUUACAGGGAGAUUGAGAUCUGAAAUCCCAGCUGCAUUGACCUCUCUAGGUGAUGCACUGAUUACUGCUGGAGCACAACUCACGGAGUUGGAUUUGAGUGACAAUGCUUUUGGUCCCGAUGGAGUACGUGGUUUUGAGACACUUCUGAAAAGUCCAGCCUGCUUUACCUUGCAGGAACUCAAACUGAACAACUGUGGCAUGGGUAUUGGUGGUGGAAAGAUCCUUGCAGCUGCCCUUACAGAAUGUCAUAAAAGGUCCAGUGCUGUUGGCAAGCCAUUGAGUUUGAAAAUAUUUGUGGCUGGCAGAAACCGCUUGGAGAAUGACGGUGCCACAGCAUUAGCUGAAGCAUUUCGGGUGAUUGGUACCUUGGAAGAGGUACAUAUGCCCCAGAAUGGCAUUAACCACCCUGGCAUCACAGCCUUGGCUGAAUCCUUUAAGGCCAACCCAUUAUUGAAGGUUAUCAACUUAAAUGAUAAUACAUUCACAGAUAAAGGAGGCAUUGCAAUGGCUGAGACACUGAAGACACUUCGUCAGGUGGAACUGAUCAAUUUUGGAGACUGUUUGGUCCGUUCCAAAGGAGCGUUGGCUAUUGCUACUGCAUUGAAAGAGGGGCUACAUAAAUUGAAGGAACUUAACCUCUCCUUCUGCGAGAUAAAACGAGACGCAGCUCUGACUUUGGUAGAAUCGGUAGAAGACAAAUCUGAACUGGAGAAACUAGAUUUAAAUGGAAAUUGCCUUGGUGAAGAGGGCUGUGAGCAAAUACAGGAAAUUCUGGCUGGCUUCAGUAUGGAUAGUGUGCUGGGAUCACUAAGUGAUGAUGAUGGUGAUGAUGAUGACGAGGAGGACGAAGAUGACGACGACGAUGAUGAUGAUGAAGAUGAUGACGAGGAGGAGGAUGAUGAGGAGGAGGAGGAGGAGGAGGAAGGUCAAGAUUUAGAUGAGGACAAGACAGAGGGGUCACCCAAAAAAAUUCCAACACAUGAAUCCACACCAAUUUCACCUCCUCAGCCCCCCGUUGAUGUGUCUACAUUCCUUGGCUUCCCCUCUCCAGAAAAACUCUUGCGAAUGGGUCCUAAGCGUUCUAUCCUUGUAGCACAGCAGACUGAUGUUUCAAAUGUUGAAAAGGUAGUACAGGCUUUUAUCCAAAUUUCCUCAGUGUACAGAGAUGACCAUGCAGUGAAGUCUGCUGUUGAAGAAACUGUUGAUGGAUUGAUGAAGAAGGCUUUUGGGAGCUCUAUUUUCCAGCCUGAUGUAUUCAUCACAAGCUUACUUGUGCAGAUGGGUCUUCUUAAGAGUGAAGACAAGAUUAAAACUAUCCCACAGUUGAAUGGUCCAUUACUGACCUUGAACCAUGUAGUACAGCAGGAUUAUUUCCCAAAGCCCCUAGCUCCUAUCCUUCUGGCUUUCAUCUCAAAGCCUAACCGUGCCCUGGAAUCCAACCCCCUAUCUCGACACACACUCCUACAAACCCUCCAUAACUUAUAAUUUGUUCCUACGUGCCCUGGACCAACCAACACACGAUCUUAAUCCCACUGGUGAGAAGGGGAUUUAAUACAAGAACCUAUGUAGGGAACUCCAGAACAUUUAUCUGGAGGGCAUUUCCUUCUUCUCCCUAACUGUUUGCCAGUCUUUUUGUUUACAUCCAUUGAAGAACAGCACUUCCCUCUCUAUCCUAUUUGCUGAUGUGGCUAACUUAAUUUAAACCUCAGGAAAAGUGGAAAAGGAAAUCAGAACUCAUAGGGGAUCCCUUGUGGAUGUGUUUUGUGCCCACAUAUGACUCUGUUGUGUGAUGCACUACCAUAACAAGAAUGUUUUCCCUGCCAAUAGACUCAUUAAGAUAAAGUGGCUGAGCAAGAAUAUUAUGAGUGCAGAACAAUAGGUUACAAAAUGCAGGAUGCCUGGGAAAUUUUAUAUACAUAUAUAUUAUACCUUAAACAUUGUAUCCUUCCCAGUCAAGAUACUUGAUAGAACUUUGUAUAUAUUAAAAAUAAGAGGGAAGGUGAAGAGUCCACAUUGCAAUAGAAAUUGUAUCCUAACAGAAUGUAAGUUUGAAGUUUAAUAUUUCUAUUCUACUGAAAUGGAUAACAUUGGUUUAAAGUAGUUUGACUUGUUCAUAUUGACCUCCUCUUGUAAAACGAGUGGUUACUUUGACAGUUUCAUUCUAAUCUGCACAGUAAUGCUCUUUGUAUUUGUACAUUAAAAAUGUAUGGUGCAUAAUUAUAUUCUAAAAAAAAACAAAUCUGGGUUUGGUUCAUUCCAAAUAUGGUACAUUUCUAGUUGAAUGCAAUGUCUCUAGGUCAAAAAUAAAAUUUGCUUUUACAUGAACAAGCCAA